AUGCUUCGUUUAGCAUUCAAGCAAUAAAAACGUUAGUCUUUCUAGUAAAAAAUGAAGAUAUGUGAAUUAUUACUCGAACGUGGUCUCAAAUUUUAUGAAUUAGGUAUAUGAGAGUUUAGAAUAAUACAUUAGAACAAUUUGGAAAUGCAAUAGAUUAAUUUGAGAUUUGCAUGUCUGUAUUUGCCGAGGCUAGAAUGCCAAAGAGAUGGGAAGACACCACAUUUGAAGAGUUAACUCAAUAAAAAUAACCUGAGCAAUCUCAAAUAGACAGUACUUAAAAUAAUUUAAAGAGCAAAAGGACUUCGUCUCAAAUUAUUUGAGAAAAUGGCAGAAUGCUAUUAUCGUCAGUUGGAGCAAGGUGCUUGUACAAAGAUGUGCGAUUACUGGUUACAAAUGAGUCCCUAAUGUAUAAAUGCUUUGAUUUUGCGUGCAAAAGUAUGUAUUAGAAAUAGCAAUAGUCCCGUUUUUUGUCUGACAAUAUCACACAAAUUGAUUGCCAAAUGGCAUUCAAGGAUCUCAAAUUUGCUUAGCAACUUGAUCCACACAAUGCAGCAUUGGCAAAGUUUUAUGAGAAGGUGAAAGCAUAAUUAUUGGCAUAUAAAGAGUUGGAAUAUAAAAAUUACACAGAUUUGCAAAGAAAACAGUUGGAGUUGAUUCAACAAUAUCGGAAACAAGAAGAUGAUGAAGAUGUUCAAUAGGAUUUCAUGGCUCAUUUGGCUUAUUAAGAUUAUGAUCAAGAGUUGAGUUAUGAAUAAGAUAACACCAAGCCCAUUCCAAUAGAAGUAUCAGAGUUGGGAAGAUUCAUAGAGACAAGAGGGAUGGAGAUGGUGAAGGUUUAUUAGUAGAAUGGAUAACUGAAAGAGGCUGAGGACUUAAGAGAGAAGUUAAAAAAAGCAAUAGCAGCAAAGAAGUAAUUGGAAAAGAUAUCCUAAUUGGAUUUCAAUAGGCCUAAGAAAGUAAGUAUUUAAUAGUGAACGAUAGAAAUUGUAUGAGUUUGCUUAGAAGUAUGGCAUAAACCUACUGGAUCCUCAAGUACAAAGCGAGUUUAAGAGAAUUCAGGAGCAGAAUUUGGAGGAUAUUAGGGAGUGGUUGAAACAAAACUAAUGGAGUUACACAGAUAAGGCUACUUAGAUGCAAGAAUAGGAAUUGGCUAGACAAGAGUUGGCCAAAUUGUAAUUCAAGAGGAAGACCAUCCCUUAGAAGGUAAGCCUUAUGCAUUAUUGUAGCAUAACAAGAAUAAAUUUAAUAAGAAAGUAUAGCCAUUGAUUAGUACACAGACUAGUGGUUCUACGCCGGUGACUAUUAAUAAUAAUAUCACUUACAAUUAGACUUUUAAUCAAUGCAAUAAUGUCAUUAAUAAUUCAAGUAUUAUAAGAGUUUGAUUGUUUUUAGCGAAUGAAUAAAGUGAUGAACAAUUAGCAGAUUGCAAUUGCUUUAUUAAUCUAACCAUACUACUCUUGGCCAUAUUUGCCAUAUUAGCAGCCAUUUAUUAUUCAUUCCUUAAAUGA